UCUGUCAACAUCUGUGUGUCUGUGUCCCGCUUUGCUUCGCGGGAGCGUAACUCUCCGACAUAUCGUCAAUCUCUUCUCCAAUUCGCGAUCGAACGAGCACACAUGUGAGAAUCGGCGAGCACGACGCGGAUCUAACGCGCGUCUGUCUCUUUCUGUCUGAAAAUCGUUCGUUCCGAUUGAUACAUCUCUGUAUGAAACGGUCGGACGUAGGUUAGGGAGAAUGAGGAACUUCGUCAAUAUUUUGAAGAUGCUCAUCGCGUUCUUCUAUGAUUACGCGCGCGGAUUGUCCUACACGGUGACGACGAUACUCGUGCUGUGUUAUUGUCUGCAUCCGGCGCGAUUCGCGUCCCACUACACCUUCAUCAAGACCGAGAACAUCUACGACGAGAUGGAGAGAUCGUAUCCGCCGCGCGACAACUCCUGCGUGAUCCCGGUCGGCGGCAAACGGCCCGCGCAACUUCUCUAUCCGGAGGAACAUCCGGAAGAGGAUCCGUCUACGAUGGCCCGACGACUCGGCAUACUUCCCGGUGGCCAGUGGAAACCGCACAAUUGCCAUCCUCUCUUCAACGUGGCCAUCAUUCUGCCCUAUCGCAACAGACAGAAUCAGCUCACCAUCUUCAUGAAUUACAUACAUCCGUUUCUGCAGGCGCAGAAUCUCGACUAUCGGAUAUUUGUCAUCGAGCAGAGCCCGAUGCGCGAGUUCAAUCGCGCCAAGCUGUUCAACGUCGGCUACGCGGAGGCCACGAAGAUCAACGACUUUCACUGUUUCAUCUUCCAGGAUAUAGACCUAAUACCGCAAAAUCCCGACAAUAUCUACGCGUGCACCAAAAUGCCCAGGCACAUGAGCUCAAGUGUAAAUACCUUUCGUUACAAUCUGCCGUACACCGGUCUGUUCGGAGGCGCGAUAGCGUUAACGCGAAAGCAAUUCGAAAGGGUGAAUGGUUUUUCCAACGUCUUCUACGGCUGGGGCGGAGAGGACGAUGACUUUUACAGUCGUUUGCAGUCCAGAGGUUUUCAGCAGAUCACACGCUUCGGACCUGAUGUCGCGCAGUAUUAUAUGUUGAUACACAAGAAGGAGUCUCCGAAUACCGCGAGAUUCGCCAAUUUGGAGAGUGGCGCGCGAAGAUACGACACUGACGGACUCAACAAUCUGGAGUACAGAGUGUUAAAUCAUCAGCUGCGACCUUUAUACUCUUGGAUUUUAGUCGAUGUGUAAUGUACAAAGUUUUACUUUAGAGAGAUAUACGUGUCUCUUCGAUCACGGCUGUAAGGCCGUGACAGUUCGUUUUAUCUAGCGGCGGACAAUUUUUUUUUUCUUUUACAAGGUAUGCGGAAACGAGCGAACAAAUUUGUAAGAGUAGCAUACUGUGAUAGAGCACCAAGUUUAAGUGUAUCUCUGCAAAGACAUUAACACUGCACUCUUGUGUGUGUGUGCGUGUGUACUGAAACGAACAAUUUUAACAAUUUGUAGUAUGUAAGCUUUAGAGUCACAGAUGCUUUUCCAAUAAUAUUAAUGUUGACAGGUCUUGCGAUAGUAAUUGAUACGCGUAACUGUCAAGGUUUUGAAGACUGUUAUCAUAUCUCCAUUUCUUGAAAAGUUCAACACUAUUAAAAGAGAGACACACAUAUGCGACAAGCUUGAUACUCUUGUCCAUGUGUUCUUGAAUUAGAUAUCGUUUUAAAACAAACAAAAAAUCUUUGACUAUACGAUAUUUGCCUGAGAGAUGCUGCGGAAGAAAUUCUGGUUUUUGUACUCUUUUUAUGUCUAUUAGAUUAUAACAAUGUGAUUUUACUGACAAUGAGUAGAGAUGUAGUUUUAGUAUAGAUGUUGCAGAUGUGAUUAUAUAAAAGUUUUUGUUGUACACAUCUCUCACCGUCUCCUCUUUAUACAUAAAAGUUUUAAUGUAAAUUAUUAUAGAAAAUUUGUAAGAUUUUUUAGUUUAUUAUAAAUUUUUAUAGCACUAAUAUAUUUAUUAUUACUACAAAUUUAGUUCCUACAUCUCGCGUGAAUGUACAAAAAUAUGUAAUAUUUUAUUUUGCAGUUUUUUUUCAAUGUAAUUAAAACUGAUAGCAAUAUCUAAUUACAUCGAUAAGUUAGCGACACAGUAGCGGACUGUUGUAAAAAAAAAAAAAAAAAAACGAUGAAACGUGUUUAUUGUUAU